UGGAACACCAGGGACACGGACAAUUGCUGCACUGCUUUGUGCUGGGCUGCAGGCCUUGUCACCCACAGGCAUGAAUUAGUGAUAAGGAAUGUUUCAAGCCAUGAGGAGGUGUCAGGAUCAGACAGGCAGACGGACAGACGGCAGGACGGAUACACGGGUGGGGGCUGUGCUAGGCGGCUCGGCGGCAGGCUGGUGGAAGAUGUCGUCAGGAGCCGGUGGGAGGGGCGGAAGGCGGCUCAGGGGGACAGCGAGCAGCGGUGGUGGAGGAGGGAGAGGAGGGGCAGGAGAGGCAGAGGAAGGCCCCGUGGGGAUCCCUUUCCCUGAGCACAGCGCAGACAUCCUUGGCAGCCUGAACAAGCAGCGGCUCAGCGGCCUGCUAUGUGACGUGCUCCUGGUUACCCAGGACCGGGAGUUCCCAGCUCACCGCUCCGUCCUGGCCUCCUGCAGCUCCUACUUCCACAAGCUCUUCACUUCAGGGGCCGCCGCUGACCAACAGAACGUCUACAACAUCGACUUUGUGGCGGCAGAGGCUCUGGGAGCAUUGCUGGACUUUGCUUACACAGCCACGUUGACAGUCAGUCACAGCAGUGUGGCUGACAUCCUUGCCGCUGCACGCCUCCUGGAAAUCCCACCUGUCCAGGACGUCUGUACACACCUGCUGGACACCAAAGUGCUCUCCCCGCCGGCGGGCAGUGAGCAAAGAGAUGAAGAUGAAGAUGAGGAGGGGAAGGGCAGAGGAGGCAGGGAUCAGGGGAACCGGGUGCGGGCCCGGGAGUUCCUGGAGUAUUUCCAGAGAGGGGCGCAUUGGAGCAGCAGCUGCAGCACGCCAGAGCUCAGGGACCUGCCCACACACCUGCACUUUAACCACGGUAAUGGGGGGGCCCCCAGCAAUGGGGCUCCUGCCGGCCCCGGUGAGUACUACUCCCCCUUGGCCCUUGCCUUGGCUCAGGCCCCCACACAGGAGCCAGAGGAAGAGGAUGAGGAUGAAGAGGAUGAUGAAGAUGGGGAGGCAGUGCAGGGGAACGGAGCUAGCCUGGGGUCGUCUUACUACCCUUCAUCCCAAAAUGGGCACUUCUACCUCCCCCCUGAGUCUAGGCUGGGGCAGGAGACAGAGGUGGAGGAUGGAGGUAGGGAGGUGAUGUCGAGGGAGAGGGGUUCUGCGAGUGCCCUCCUGCAGCAGAUGAUGGACUCCAUCGAGAGGCAGAAGGAGCGUGCAACAACCGGUGAGGAACAGGGAGACGGGGAUGACCCCGACAUGGAAUUUUACUUGAAUUAUUUUAACAGCUCGCAGCCUGAGGAUACAGCUUCUGCUGCUGUGACACAGGGAGUGCCGCCGCUCUGGCUAUCAAGGGGCAGAACAGGCCAAGAGAGAGGAGGAGGAGAGAGGGGGCUUGGAGAGAGAGGCAGCGGGGGUGGAGGCGGAGGAGGUGGAGGGGAGAGGAAGAUGCGCUCUAAGGCCUUUCAGAAAUGCCCCAUAUGCUCCAAGGUCAUUCAAGGAGCAGGCAAGCUACCCCGCCACAUCCGAACACACACGGGAGAGAAACCCUAUGAAUGCGCCAUCUGCAAAGUGCGCUUUACCAGGCAGGACAAGCUCAAGGUUCAUAUGCGGAAGCAUACAGGAGAGAAGCCUUACCUGUGUACACAAUGUGGAGCCGCCUUUGCUCACAACUAUGACCUGAAGAACCACAUGCGCGUACACACCGGCCUGCGCCCCUAUCAGUGCUCAAGCUGCUUUAAGACUUUUGUGCGCUCAGAUCACCUGCACCGCCACCUCAAGAAGGAUGGCUGCAACGGCAUCCCCUCUCGUCGAGGCCGAAAGCCUCGGGUGCGAGAGCCAGGGCUCCUUGAUGCCCCCCUGGGCCUGCUGAGCCCCGUCGCCGACACGGGCCCUGGGCCUCGUACCAUCAGGGGACGGCGGCGCUCGGAGGCAUCCUCAGCGGCAGAGGUGGAUGGGGCUGCUGGAGCCCAUGCACACAGUCCUCAGCUGCAGGAGUUGGCAGGGGAGACAGGGCCCUGAGACUGCAGGGGCGACAAGGACACUGCUGGACACCAUAGUCACUCUGCACAGCCUGUGAGACAGGCCAGUGAACAGAGAGGAGAAAAAACAUGCAAAGGCAAACUUUAAAAAAAAACAAAAACAACUAACUAUUCCUCUAUAAACCAAAUCAGGGUGUCACAAAAAUCUAAUCUUUAUAUUUCUUUCUUCCUUUACUUUAGGAAAUGGAGUAGACUUGCAAGCACUUGAGUCAGUUUAUCUGUUAAAGAGCAAAGAACGCUUCAAAUCACGCACCCAUGACGUCCACUUUCUGGGCCAUUUCUUUCUUUAUAAUAUUAGGGGUUUUAUACAUUGGCAUAUGUGCUUAGGCAAAUGUAUGAUAGAAAGAAACUCUGAGCAACUAUGCAGUUGAUUUAGAUUUUUAUUGGUUUUGUCCUCACAGCCUUCAAGCUCUAAGCAAGGUGUCUGUCAAGCACCCUCUGGCUGCUGUACGGGUGAAGCGAGGACAAAUCCUCCCAGUAAAAACAAGUCUUUUUCUAUUCUUUUGCAGGUCUGACAUGUACAGUUACCAUAGAAACAACAUUGCCACAAUAUGGCAUAUGCAAGGAAAAGUCACCACAAUUUUGAUGCAACAGUUUUUUUUCUCUCUAAAUGUUCCAGAAAGAAUCAGACAAGGGUUUGAUUGAAGUGUUGCUUUCUCUAUAAAAUGCAUUUUAAGAAUUUAUGGUUUGUCUUAUUGGAAAACAAACUGAUGUUGAGUCAAAUCCACUCUAAUGGGGGCUCGUCAAUUGCAGGACUAGGGAAAAUGAGGGGUGGAGGGUCUGUGUUUAUAAAGCACUACCAUCGUCAAUGUAUCUGUUGGCAUGACUACGUUGCCUCUUAUCCCUCACAACCCUGCAAUUUCAGCAUUUCUGUUUUCCCUUUUGAUUUUGUCUUAAAUUUUUUUGUCGUUCCUUUUUGUUGACUGCUUCGGGUACUUGACACUUUAUAAUUGUAUACAUGUAUAUACAGCAGGUGGUGAUAUGACAUUGGUCCCCUCUUAAUGCUGAGGUGUACUUAUCGGGUUUUUCCUCUUAGGCUUGAUGUCAUAUUUCUCACAGAGUGAAGCUUGUGGGUGAAAGAAACAAGCUGUAUGAAUGUUUGAUGAAAAAGAAAAAAAAAACAUUGAGUCACCCAUUUGUCCUAAACUUAACACUUGACAUGUAUAGUUCCUGCCCAAAGGAUGAGGAGGUCGAAUGAAUGAAUGUGCUUAACUUUGUGCAGUUUUUCGGAAUCUGUCCUUGUGUGACAAGGCGCGGGUAGUAUUUAACCAACCGCAGGUUAAAGGAAUGGCAGGGAGCCCGAGUGAGAGAGUGACAAAGAGUACGAAGAAGAGAUAGAUGAGCACCUUUUUUUCUAUGUUUGCACAGCUUUACUAAAGAUAUCCAACAGAGUGAGAGAGAGGUGUAUUUAAAGGAAGUGGGCUGGUGUUGGGAAGGGAGCGAGGGAAGGUUUAUGUAUCAUGCUUAUUCCAAUCUUUUUGCCCGAGGGACCACACAACCGUGAGGCAACCUGUAUGAUGAAGAGAGCAAUAAAUACCUGUCCAAGUUGGGAGGCCAAAUAGGAGUGCAGCUGCAGCUGGUUGAUGGGGGAGGGGAACAAGGGAAGGGGAGGGGGAUCUCACAAUGUCUGUUGCAUUCCAAAAAAUAAUCUCCCCCAGCUCAGCCACGUUUCCAGGCAGGAGGGGAUCAAAUCAGGCCUUUUCUCUCCCUCUCUCUCCCUCUGUAGUCCUCUAAUUCCCCUGAACCAGCCUGGAGGGGAUAUUAUUAUAUUAGAGCCUGGUGUUACUGCGGGUAGGACGCUUGGUGCUGGCAGUUUAGUGUGUGAGUGUGUUUACAUGUACGUGUGUUUGUGUACAUGUGUGUGCGUGGCAGCCAGGGUCGCUGUGGCCACAUCAUCACUGUGUGAGUCAGCCACAGCCUGUUCAAACAUGCACCCUGAGCUGCCAGCCCCAAUGCACUUUCUCUGUCACACACACUCACACACUCACUGGGUCCAGGUAUCCUGAAGGGGAAAACACCAGAGCUGACAUAUCUGUUUGAAUAUUGUCAAUGACUCCAUACAUCUGGGUUUGUUAGUCUUACAAUAACCAAGUUGUGCUAAUGUAGAGCAAAUCCAAUGUUAUUUUCCAAAAUAGCACAUUGAGCCUUUGAGUCAAGAACAGAACAUGCGUGUGAUUUAGAGCCCCCUCACCCGCCGCUCCAUAAUUUCUGCAGUAGUGCUGUCGUUCAACUAUCAGUCCUUUGCGUCGGUCCUUUGCACCUUAAUUGGAAAGAGGCAGUUUAUGAAUGCACUUUGUUACUGAGGAGGGCACUUUUGUCAACGAAACGGGUACUUUGAAACAGACCAGUUGCAAAUUAGAUCAUUCCUUUCGUCUGUCCACGGUGGUGAAGUUGAGCUCCUUCACUGGUUUUGUUCAGGUUUUGACGACAAGCUGCCAAAAAAAAAAAGAAGAAAUAUACGAGUUCAGA